AUGACGUGGGCGGCGGAUGUGUAGAGUAGUCAUAAAAUAGCAAAUGUUUUUUUAUACUGGUAAUAAUACUACAGCUGACGUUUAUGUUUUUUUUUCAUAACUUGCAGCUAGCUUCGGGUCAAACCAUUUUGUUUCGUUUUUCGAUUCGAGUCUGUUCGCGAGAGGCGAAAGUCGCGGUCUUUAUUUUAUUUACACUGUCGUCGUCGUGUAUUUGUUGUGAUUUAUUUGGACUAUUAUUACUAUUACAAGUGCUUAUUUAGUUUGGUUUAAAUUAUGACUCAUUUGUGAAGCAUUUCAUCGUUCAGGAUCACAGUAUCCUGGUUUUAAGUUGACGUCCUCAAGUUUCCAAAAAUGGUUCAGGACUACGUUUCACCCAUCAGGGUGCAUAAAUUCUCCUUCGAAAUGGUGAUGGCUGCGUACGAGCGCCGCUUCCCGGCGUGCCCGCAGAUCCCGGUGGUGGUGGACUGCGCCAUCACGGACGACUCGUGGUCGGCGGACAGCUCGCAGCGACACACCACCAGGAAGUGCCAGCUCAACGUGGACGCGCCCUACCUCAUGAAGAAGAUGGUGGGCGUGGACUACAUCUACUUCAACCAGAAGAACCACCUGGACCUGGCAGCGCGCGUGCUGCUCAUCGAGGCCACCAACGAGACCUUCGCCUCCAAGGUCGUCGUCAUCGAGAAGUGCAAGUACUAUGUCCACCCGGAGAACUCCGAGUGGACGUGCUUCGAGCAGAGCGCGCAGCUGGACGUGAAGAGCUUCUUCGGCCUCGAGAGCACCGUCGAGAAGAUCGCCAUGAAGCAGUACGCCGCCAAUAUUGCUAAAGGCAAGGAGCUGAUCGAAGUGUUCAUGGCGGACCUGAUGGCGGAGGGCGUGACGUCUCUCCAGCCGUGGCGCGCGGGCGAGGCGCGGCGCAACCGGGAGCUUCGCCGCAUCCUGUCUCGUGGUACGGAGCCACUGUCGCCGCCGCCUGUGGUUCCGGCGCUGCCUGUAGCACCGCCGACGCCGCCAGAUCAGUACACUCUGGACAGCGAGUACAUCAAGCGGUACCUGGGAGAGCUGACUCCGAUGCAGGAGUCGCGGCUGCUGCAGCUCAGGAAGUGGAUCUCGGAACUGCAGAAGGGGAAGGUACCAUCCGACACGACCCUGCUCCGCUUCCUGCGCGCGCGCGACUUCAACGUAGAAAAAGCCCGCGAGAUGCUGUCGCAGUCGCUGCUGUGGCGCAAGCGGCACCAGGUGGACCGCCUGCUGCUGGAGUACGCGGCGCCGGACGUCGUGCGCCAGUACUUCCCCGGCGGCUGGCACCACCACGACAAGGACGGUCGUCCGCUGUACGUGCUGCGGCUCGGCCAGAUGGACGUGAAGGGGCUGCUCAAGUCCAUCGGGGAGGACGGACUGUUGAAGUUGACAUUACACGUGUGCGAAGAAGGCCUCAAACUCUUAGAAGAAGCAACCAGGACCUCAGAACACGCGAUCCACUCGUGGUGUCUCCUGGUGGACCUGGACGGUCUCAACAUGCGGCACCUGUGGCGGCCCGGCGUGAGGGCCCUACUCCGGAUCAUACAGAUAGUGGAGGCGAAUUACCCGGAGACCAUGGGACGGUUGCUGAUAGUAAGAGCCCCGAGGGUCUUCCCGAUAUUGUGGACGAUUGUUAGCACGUUUAUUGACGAGAACACCCGCAGCAAGUUCCUGUUCUACGGCGGCAAGGACUACCUGCAGGCGGGCGGGCUGCUCGACUACAUCCCCCGGGACCUGAUACCGGACUUCCUGGGGGGACCUUGCAAGACGGACAUUGCCGAGCCGGCGUCCAACGUCCCUCAACACUAUCACAUCUACAUGUCGAGUUUCGUGCACGAAGGAGGGCUGGUGCCGAAGAGUCUGUACGUGAGCGGCGCCUUCACGGAGCGUGAGGGGGAUCCCCUCAGUGAGGACAGCAUCUACCGCUCCGUCAGCCUGGGGAAGGGACAGGUGCACGAGGUGGUGGUGGUGUGCGCGGACCCGCAGAGCGUGCUCACGUGGGACUUUGACGUGCUGAGGCAUGACGUGGCCUUCACCGUGUUAAGAGCUGACCAGCCGCCGCCGGAGACUGAUGGAGAAUCAGACGGUCGCUCUUUACUAGAGCGCGCGGGCUGGCGCGAGGGCACCCACUACCAGCGCGUCGAACCAGCGCUGCUCUGUCACGACGGCGAGAGCAUACAGGGUUCCCACGUGAUGAUGACGCGCGGCGCGUACAUCCUGCAGUGGCGCUGCGACACGCUGGACUCCCCGCGGGCGCAGCUCAUGUACUUCCACGAGACCCUCGCCAGCCACCACUACAAGGGUUCAAUGUCAAGCCUGCAAUCAGGAGCCUCGGGCUUCUCCUGUCUCAGCGGCAAGUCGGCGGCGUCCUCCUGCCCGUCGCGGUGAUCGGAGUCCCCCCCCUCCGUCCUGCACCCCCCCGCGACCUCGCAGGACUGGGCAGACCGCGACCCCCCGCUGUGAACUCACGGGGGGACUAAUGGGGAAAAUAACGGUGUGACAGGCGAAGGUAUGUGGAUUGUACCUAAGUGAGGAUUGAUUGUGUAA